GGACGCUUCACUAGUCCACUUCUCUGCUUCAUUGUCUUUUCCUCUCCACCGUUUCUCUCUUCCCAAGAUAGAAACAAAGAGAAAGAAACGAAGAAGAAGAAGUAAAAGUGUAAAAAACAUAGAAGAGCAAGAAUCAGACAAAGAGGGAGAGAGGGUUCAAAACUAGAGCUCUGAGGCCUUGAGCCAAAAACAAAAAAAAUGAGUUUCACUGCAUUUCUCUUCUGUCUUCUGGUUUUGGUCACAAUCACAACAAGGGUCUGUGUCUGUGCAGACCCAGAGCUGAGAGCACUGAUGGACAUGAAAGCAGCUUUGGACCCACAGAACCAGUACCUAUCUUCAUGGACUAUCAAUGGCAACCCAUGUGAUGGUUCCUUUGAAGGUGUGGCUUGCAAUGAGAGAGGUCAAGUGGCCAACAUUUCAUUGCAGGGAAAAGGGCUCUCAGGCAAGCUUUCUCCAGCUAUUGAAGGGCUGAAGCACUUGUCAGGGCUGUACUUGCAUUAUAACUCUCUGUAUGGAGAGGUACCAAGAGAAAUGGCAAACUUGACUGAGCUCAGUGAAUUGUAUCUGAAUAUGAAUAAUCUCUCUGGGGAGAUACCUCCUGAGAUUGGAAACAUGGCUGGUUUACAAGUAUUGCAACUUUGUUAUAACCAGUUCACUGGAAGUGUACCUACACAGCUGGGUUCUCUGAUGAAGCUUAGUGUUCUUGCAUUGCAAUCUAACCAACUGACCGGAGCAAUCCCUGCAAGUUUAGGAAAUUUGGGAAUGUUAGUGAGGCUUGAUUUGAGUUUCAAUCACCUCUUUGGUUCAAUUCCCACAAAAUUAGCUGAUGCCCCUUUGCUUGAAGUGAUAGACAUUCGAAACAAUACUCUCUCUGGCAGUGUACCUCCUGCUCUGAAGAGAUUGAGUGGAGGAUUUCUUUUCGAAAAUAACCUUGGUUUAUGUGGGGUUGGGUUUUCAUCAUUGAAAGCUUGUAAUGCUUCAGAUCAUGUCAAUCCAAGUCUGCCUGAACCCUAUGGACCAGGAUCAACCAAUCUGCCAACAAGAGAUAUCCCUGAAACAGCAAAUGUCCGGUUGCCCUGCAACCAAACUCAGUGCUCAAAUCCUUCAAAAUCGUCACGGGCUUCUGUUGCUGUUGGUGUAAUUGUGGUAACAAUUGCAUUAUCAGCCAUAGGAAUUCUGGCCUUCACUCAAUAUCGCCAGAGGAAACAGAAGCUUGGCACUACAUUUGAUAUUUCUGAUAACCACCUAAGUACUGACCAGGCUAAAGGGGUUUACAGGAAGAAUGGCUCUCCUCUCAUCAACCUUGAGUAUUCUAGUGGAUGGGACCCUUUAGCUGAUGGCCGAAAUUUUACUGGGUUUGUGCAAGAAGUCUUCCAGAGCUUUAUGUUCAAUUUGGAAGAGGUGGAGACAGCUACGCAGUACUUCUCAGAGAUGAAUUUGUUGGGUAAGAGUAACUUUUCUGCAACUUACAAAGGUAUUUUAAGAGAUGGGUCGGUUGUUGCUAUCAAAAGCAUCAGCAAGAGUAGUUGUAAGUCAGAGGAAUCUGAGUUCUUGAAGGGAUUAAAUAUUUUGACCUCAUUGAGGCAUGAGAAUUUGGUGAGGUUGAGAGGAUUUUGUUGUUCAAGGGGCCGUGGUGAGUGCUUUCUUGUCUAUGAUUUUGUUCCUAAUGGGAAUCUGCUGCGCUAUCUUGAUGUAAAGGAUGGUGAUGGCCAUGUUCUUGAAUGGUCAACUAGAGUUUCCAUCGUGAAGGGUAUUGCCAAAGGUAUAGCAUACUUACACAGUUCCAAAGUGAACAAGCCCGCUCUUGUUCACCAAAACAUUUCAGCUGAGAAGGUGCUCAUUGAUCAGCGAUUCAACCCUUUGCUCUCAGAGUCCGGCCUACACAAGCUUCUAACCAAUGAUGUUGUCUUCUCAGCACUCAAGGGAAGUGCUGCAAUGGGUUAUCUAGCUCCUGAAUACACAAAUACCGGUAGAUUCACGGAGAAAAGUGAUGUAUAUGCAUUUGGGGUUCUCGUUUUCCAAGUCCUCUCAGGAAAGCGGAAAGUCACUAACUCAAUACGACUUGGUGCAGAGUCUGGCAGAGUUCAAGAUUUUAUCGACCCAAACCUUCAUGACCGGUUCUUUGAAUAUGAAGCAACCAAGCUUGCAAGAAUUGCUUUGCUUUGCACACUCGAGUCCUCAAUGGAGAGGCCAUCCAUGGAAGCUGUUGUUCAAGAAUUGGGCAACUGUAGCAGUUGCCUUUGAUUUCCCUGACUUAAUUAAUUAAUUCGACCAAUGCUAGCGGAAUUUUGAAUUUUCAAAUGGUAGGCUUAGAGAUAACUCACUAACUGCUCACUGGUGAUGAAACUAGGUCCUUGUAAUGCUAUGUCCUUUGGUAAGGACUAAGCUUUGUUGUUAAUGAGACUGAAACUUGAUUUCUUCUGGCCUAGAAUGGGAUUUUUUAUGGGGCACUUUCUUUGUAGUCAAAUGUAUUUAUAUGGAAUGCAUUUUCAGGGUGAAAUUCCCUUCAUUAACAAAGCAUUUGGACAUCA